UUUUGCUGUGGACGAGAUGUCGAACACGCCGCCGCUGCCACCAUGUCCAGUUGCUAUAGUUGACGACGACUUGGGAUACGAUGGUGACGACGUCCCUUCGUCCAGGCAGUAUGGAGAGAGUCCACCACCUCCUCCACCUCCAUCGGAAACCCCGCCGCCGCCGCCCGCGCUGUCGUUGUCGAACGAAACGAUCGAUGAAUCGUCGCACGAUCUAGUCGGUCGAGUCGAAGAUCACGACCGUGUACAUCGGCUGGCAGGAGUGAAACUGGACCUGCUGACGUCGAUCUCGUCGUCGCCGCCGCCGCAACCUUUAACUCCAACGCUCACCCCCCCUGCCUCUCGAUGGCACUUGGGUCUCAUUGAGAAUUACACGAUCAUCGACAAAGUGGGUUCGGGCACGUACGGGGAAGUGUACAAAUGCCAGCACAAGAUCACAAAGGACAUCGUCGCGCUCAAGAAGCUCCGCCAAGACGUGGAAAAGAACGGGUUUCCCGUCACAUCGAUCCGUGAAAUGAAAAUCCUCAAACAACUCAAGCACCCCAACAUUGUCGAACUCAAAGAAAUCGUGUCCAAGCCAGACCUGCCCAAGGAUGGGAAGAAGCCGCCGCUGUACUUUGCGUUCGAGUACAUGGAGCACGACCUAUCUGGCUUGCUCACCCACGAGAAGGUGCCCAAGUUCUCGCGCACGCAGAUUCAGUGCUAUAUGCGACAGCUUUUGUACGGUAUCGCAUUCAUGCACGGCCAGAAGAUCAUGCAUCGAGACAUCAAAGCAUCCAAUCUGCUCCUUAACAACGCUGGCAUGCUCAAAAUUGCCGACUUUGGCCUCAGUCGGUUCUGGACCGAAGCGAAUGCCCGCAGCGGCCGGUACACGAACAAGGUGGUCACGCUGUGGUACCGCCCGCCCGAGCUGCUGAUGGGGUGCACGGCGUACGACUACUCGAUUGACAUGUGGUCGGUGGGAUGUAUUUUCGCCGAAUUAUUGCUUGGCAAAGCCCCACUGCAAGGUCGCAACGAGUUGGAGCAGUUGCAAUGCAUCUAUGGGCUCGUGGGCGUGCCGACGGUGGACAACUGGCCAUCGUACGAGAAGUUGCCAAACGCGAACGUGUUUACCCCCGAUGCCAAGCACGUGUGUCUCUUGGCUGAACGCUUCAAAGAGUUUCCUACCACGACAGUCGACUUGCUGAGCAAAAUGCUGACGCUGGACCCGUCGCAACGCAUCACAGCCCUCGACGCCCUCGACCACGAUUACUUUUGGAAAAUUCCCACUUGCAAGCCCAAAGAGUAGGGACAAACCUUGGUCGAUUGUUCUUUUAGUUGGUUUUUAAACGAUAGCCUGCCCAAGUUUCCCGUGGCAUCGACGCAUGAAUACCAGUCCAAGAAGAGACAUGCCGCCGCGCCGCCCUCGUCGCAAGCCAACCCCAAGCGCCAUCCCCACACCAGCACUUCGAGUGCCCGCACCGACGCGGGUGGUCGGGGUGUUGGCUCUACUAGUAGUACUAGCCACGCCCCUCCACCUCCUAGCCACUCGUUGCAUCCUCACCACCACCACCACCACCACGGGGGUAGUGCUAGUAGUAGUAGUACUCUUCGAGACAGCCACCAUUACGGCGGAGGCAGACCUGUACCGCGCUACCACGAAGACUCGUCGCGGCGACAACGUCAACGCCGCAGCCAGUCCAGGGAACGGCCCAGUCAGCAUUAACGCAAUCAAUACAAGCCCACGGGGUUGGAUCUUGAAGUGGA